AUGUUAUGGGUUGUGUUGGGUCAGUUUGUGCGUGGAAAUCGUUAUGUUGUUCUUGAUAUUCCGCUGCUUUUCGAAGGUGGAUUGAACCGAGUUGUGCAAAAGAUAGUCGUUGUUUCGUGGUAAGACUUGCUAAAAUGUUAAACAAUAUAUGAUUUAAAGUAAUCAUGUUUAAUAGGUUUCUUUGUUAUUUUUACAAAGUAACGAAACCUUGUUGGUAAUGAUUAACAUAAAUAGUUUUAGAUAGAUAACUAAUUAUAAAGUAAUUGAUAUUGGUUGUAAAUAUGCUUUUAGUGACCCAGAGACUCAGCUGUCUAGACUUUGUAAAAGAGAUGGGUUGAGCGAAGAACAAGCAGAAGCUAGGAUAAGAUCACAGUUACCGAACGAAUACAAAGUAAAGAGGGCGACAUAUGUCAUUGAUAAUCAGGGUAAACAUAGUUAACUUAAUUUUGAGUACAAACUUUAAAAGCACAUAAAUUAUCUAUUGUUUAUGAUAGUUAAUAUGACAUUUAUAAUGAGAUAGACGUUUAAUCUAUUUUUUUUAUUUAUAAAGUUAUUUUUCGAAUUUUAAAAUUUAAUUUUAAAUUCAAAAACCGUACUGUUUUGACGGUUUUCCUGCAAACCCUGCAUAGUUAAUGUUGUUUGGCUUUGCAGGUACAAUGGAAGAGACCAAAGCUCGGGUUCAGCAGAUAAUUGCCCACCUGGAGGCUAGCUGGAUUCCGUUCGUGUUGCGGACCGGGUUUCUGAUGUGCUUCGCCUUGGCAGGGUAUUGCAUCUACGGCUUCCUGAGAUGA